UAGCCCAAAAACAAACAACAGAACAAGGCACACAGAAAUAUCAGAGUUAUGGGAAUCACUGAGCACACUCCAUUGUUUGAGACAAAAAAGAGCAGAGGAAGACUCAUCUAUAGGUCCUUUGCAACUUCAUUAUUUGUGUGCAUAUGCUUCGUAUGGAUUUACAGAAUUAGCCAUAUCAUAGAUGCAAAAGGUGAAGAUGGCAAAUGGGUAUGGCUUGGUAUGCUUGGUGCUGAAUUCUGGUUUGGCUUUUACUGGGUUCUCACUCAGGCCUUCAGAUGGAACCUUGUCUUCAGAAAACCCUUCAGAAACAUACUCUCUCAGAGAUAUGAGAGAAAGUUGCCAGGAGUGGACAUAUUUGUGUGCACAGCAGACCCUGAUAUUGAGCCACCAAUGAUGGUGAUUAACACAGUGCUAUCUGUUAUGGCUUACGACUAUCCAACUGAGAAAUUGAAUGUGUAUCUCUCUGAUGAUGCUGGAUCUCAAAUCACGUUCUAUGCUCUAUUGGAGGCAUCAAACUUUGCAAAACAUUGGAUUCCAUUUUGCAGAAAGUUCAAAGUGGAACCAAGGUCACCAGCUGCAUAUUUUAAGAGUAUAGUCUCAUCAGGUUACUCUAAUCAUUCUGAUCAAACCAAAGAGCUAACAGCUAUCAAGAAAUUGUACAACGAAAUGGAAAGACGUAUUGAAGAUGCAACCAAGUUUGGUGAAGUACCCAAAGAAGCACGUCUAAAGCAUAAGGGAUUUUCUCAGUGGGAUUCAUAUUCUUCUCGACGUGACCAUGAUACAAUUUUUGAAAUACUACUUCAUAGAAAGGACCCUGAGAAUUCAAAAGAUGUUGAUGGAUUCCUUUUACCAACUCUGGUGUAUUUGGCUCGUGAGAAGAGACCCCAAUAUUUCCACAACUUCAAAGCUGGAGCUAUGAAUUCACUGUUAAGGGUGUCUUCCAAUAUCAGUGACGGGAAAAUCAUUCUAAAUGUAGACUGUGACAUGUACUCAAACAAUUCACAGUCUGUGAGAGAUGCUCUAUGUUUUUUCAUGGAUGAAGAGAAAGGUCACAAAAUAGCUUAUGUGCAGUUCCGUCAGAUUUUUGAGAAUGUCACUAAGAAUGAUUUAUAUGGAAGUAAUCUAUUAGCAAUAUCCGAGGUGGAGUUCCCUGGUGCAGAUGGUUGUGGGGGUCCUUUGUAUGUAGGAAGUGGCUGCUUUCACAGGAGAGAAUCUCUUUGUGGAUUGAAAUUCAGUGAUCAAUAUAGGAAUAACUGGAAUGUUAAUGAAGAUUAUCAGUUUAAAGAAACAAGCUUGGAGGAACUGAAAGAAGAAUCAAAGGCUCUUGCAAGUUGCACCUAUGAGGAAAACACACUGUGGGGAAAAGAGAUGGGUUUAAGAUAUGGGUGUCCAGUGGAGGAUGUGAUAACAGGAUUGUCUAUUCAAUGCCAAGGAUGGAAAUCAGUGUACUACAAUCCACCAAGGAAGGCUUUCUUAGGGUUAGCUCCAACUACCUUGCCUCAAACACUUGUUCAACACAAGAGAUGGUCUGAAGGAGACUUGCAAAUUUUGCUUUCAAAAUUUAGCCCUGCAUGGUAUGGUUUGGGAAGGAUCAGUUUGGCACUCCAAAUGGGAUAUAGUAUUUAUUGCUUAUGGGCACCUAGCUCUUUUGCAACACUAUACUAUUCUAUCAUCCCUUCAUUGUACCUCCUUAAAGGCAUUCCCUUGUUUCCAAAGAUGUCAAGUCCAUGGUUCAUACCUUUUGCAUAUAUCAUUGUUGGUGAAGCCACUUAUAGUUUGUUGGAGUUUUUAUUCUGUGGGGGAACAUUUCAAGGUUGGUGGAAUGAACUACGGAUAUGGCUAUACAAGAGAACAAGCUCUUAUCUUUUUGCCUGCAUUGACACCAUCUUGAAGCUUUUUGGAUUCUCAGAUUCAACUUUUGUUAUCACAAGUAAAGUUACUGAAGAAGAAGCUUCCAAACGCUAUGAGAAGGAAAUCAUGGAGUUUGGAACCUCCUCUCCAAUGCUCACUGUAUUAGCAACUCUUGCAUUGCUGAAUUUGUUCUGUUUUCUGAGUGUGUUGAAGGAUGCAGUUCUAAGGGAAGAUGGCUUUGGAAUUUGUGACACAAUGGUGUUGCAAGUUCUUUUGUGUGGAUUUUUGGUUCUCAUCAAUUUGCCUAUAUACCAAGGACUUUUCUUAAGGAAGGACAAUGGAAGAUUACCUGGUUCUGUUGCCAUAAAAUCAGUGUUGCUAGCACUAUGUGUAGUUACUUUCUUCAGCUUUGCUUGAUCACACUGUAGUGUUUUUAUUUACACAUUCAAUUGGAUUUGUCAACAUUCCAAAAUUUUGUUAGAAAUGAAGAAGUUCUUUGCUUA